GGCGCGCGGCCUCGGUGCUCGCGCGACCGGGCCGAGGCGGUGCGGUACCCUCCGCCCUCUGAGCUGUCUGCUUAUUUUUUCUUUCUUUUUCACAAUUGUGAACAUUUUGCAAGACGAGAGGUUUGCGGCAGGUGAGAGCAUCCUGCCCGUGGCCGAGGAGCCCGCGGGCACUUGGCGCGCUCUCCGGGGACCUUCUGCAUUGGGAACCCGAAAGUUUUUGUUUUAUAUUUUCACGCAGAUGUGUUUAUAAAGACAUAAGUAAUUUUUUUUUCUUCUCUUGUCUCCACCGCCUUGAAAGAGACUACUUUCGGCAAAGGACGGAGGAAAACCCUCAGCAACAUUUUGGAGAGCGUUUUUUUUUUUUUUUAAGAAAAAUAAUUUGAGUGCAUCGCAAUGGAGAAAAUGUCCCGACCGCUCCCCCUGAAUCCUACCUUUAUCCCGCCUCCCUACGGCGUGCUCAGGUCCUUGCUGGAGAACCCGCUGAAGCUCCCCCUUCAUCACGAAGACGCAUUUAGUAAAGAUAAAGACAAGGAAAAGAAGCUGGAUGAUGAGAGCAAUAGCCCGACGGUCCCCCAGUCGGCAUUCUUGGGACCCACCUUAUGGGACAAAACCCUUCCCUAUGACGGAGAUACUUUCCAGUUGGAAUACAUGGACCUGGAGGAGUUUUUGUCGGAAAAUGGCAUUCCCCCCAGCCCGUCGCAGCAUGACCACAGCCCUCACCCUCCCGGGCUGCAGCCGGCUUCCUCAGCUGCCCCGUCCGUCAUGGACCUCAGCAGUCGGGCCUCCGCACCCAUUCACCCUGGCAUCCCGUCCCCGAACUGUAUGCAGAGCCCCAUCAGACCAGGCCAGCUGCUGCCAGCAAACCGCAAUACACCCAGCCCCAUCGACCCAGACACCAUCCAGGUGCCAGUGGGCUACGAGCCAGACCCGGCCGACCUCGCCCUCUCCAGCAUCCCCGGGCAGGAAAUGUUUGACCCUCGCAAACGCAAGUUCUCCGAGGAAGAACUGAAGCCACAGCCCAUGAUUAAGAAAGCUCGCAAAGUCUUCAUCCCUGAUGAUCUGAAGGACGACAAGUACUGGGCGCGGCGGCGGAAGAACAACAUGGCAGCCAAGCGCUCCCGGGACGCACGGAGGCUCAAGGAGAACCAGAUCGCCAUCCGGGCGUCCUUCCUGGAGAAGGAGAACUCGGCGCUGCGCCAGGAGGUGGCCGACCUGCGCAAGGAGCUGGGCAAGUGCAAGAACAUCCUGGCCAAGUAUGAGGCCAGGCACGGGCCCCUGUAGGGACAGUGGCUUCCCGGCUGAGAGCACCGCACUCGACCGACCUUUCUGACAUCAGCACUUUACCAGGCGCAUCAACACAACGGACUCACAAUCUGUGUGUAUGUGUGUGUGUGAGAUUGUGUUUGUGCCCAUGUAUGGGGUGUGUGUGCGUGUGUGUGUGCGCGCGCGCGUGUAUGCGCGCCCGCGUCCCUUUGCACUUGCCAUUUUGAUAGCCCUCCAUCAUCCUUUAGCUCCCAAAAUGAAAGGUGCCAUGUUUUUACUGGACCGCAGAGACCUCUCGUGGAUUUUCCUGCCCCUCCCUUCUCCUCCGCGCCUGCCCUUUCAGCGAUGCUUCAUGUCGGCUCCUACCUACUCUCCCAGGACCCUCCGCUUGGACCCACUCCGAGGGGGCCCUGGCGAAAUAGUAGAUCUCGGUUUUCCAGACCGUAAGCUCUUGUUCUGUCGAAUCUGAAAGUUACCAUGCUAACGAGGUGCACAGAAUAACUUCGCACUACCCUGCGGCUCUCUUCAGUUAUAGGUUGCUUUCCUCAUAUUUUCAGUUUUGGUGAUAAUCGUCUUCAAAUUUAAAGUGCUGUUUAGAUUGAUUAAAUCCCAUAUUUACUUACUGCUGUCUACUAAGUUUCCUUUUAUCUCUACCGACCCCAGUAAGUAAGAGUACUAUUAUAGAACACAGAGUGUGUUUUUGCACUGUCUGUACCUAAAGCAAUAAUCCUAUUGUACGCUAGAGCAUGCUGCCUGAGUAUUACUAGUGGACGUAGGAUAUCUUCCCUACCUAAGAAUUUCAGUGUCUUUUAAAAAAGCAAAAAUUACAGUAAUGCAUUUGAGCAUGCCCAGAACAUCCCCAGGACAGGGAAGCAGAGGGAAAUGCCAGGUCUAAGAACGAGAGGUUAACUCAUCAAUACACAGCCGAAAAAUGCAUCUUGGAACAGCUUUUGACAUUGAUGUGUUGGCUUUUUUUCCUCCCCUUUCCCACAUCCCCUACCCUCCACUUUUCUAGUUAAUUUUUUCCAUAUCCCUCUUGAUAUGCAGUACAACUCAAUCACUUAAGAUUCAGUUUUCUCCAUUUUUUGUAGUAUAUAUAUUUUUGUGGAUUAUACCUUGUUUUGAAAAUCAGUCAAUUAAGUUAAUAAGUUGAUGUUUUGUAAAACCCUUUUUUCUAGUGGUGUCAUUUUUUGAAUGCUUCAUAAAUUAAUGACUCUGGAGCUUAUGUUUCUUAUUCUGUUUGCUUUUGAACGUAUGUCCUCUUAUAAAGUGGACUUCUGAAAAAUGAAUGUAAAAGACACUGGUGUAUCUCAGAAGGGGAUGGUGUUGUCACAAACUGUGGUGAAGCCAAUCAAUUUACAUGUUUACUGUAGACCAAAAGGAGAGAUUGUUAAAUUGUUUAAUGUUUAUACAGAGUAAUUAUAGGAAGUUCUUUUUGUACAGUAUUUUUCAGAUAUAAAUACUGACAAUGUAUUUUGGAAGACAUAUAUUAUAUAUAGCAAAGAGAAAAGGAAAAACUAUUCCAUGUUUUAAAGUUAUAUAGCAAAGAUAUAUAUUCAUCAAUGUUGUACAGAAAAGAAGUGCUUGGGGCUUUCUGAAGUCUUUAAUAUUUUAAGCCUAUCACUGACACAUCAGCAUGUUUUCUGCUUUAAAUUAAAAUUUUAUGACAGUAUCGAAGCUUGCUGUGACGAAUUCUGCUCUAAAGUAUAUCAGGAGCUUUCUUACUUCCUAUUAGGCCUCAGAAAGAAGUUGGUUAACGUCAUCCAAAAACACAAAAUGGAUGUUAGUCAAAUAUUUAUUGGAUGAUACUGUGUUUUUUAGGAAAAGCAUCUGCCACAAAAAUGUUCAUUUCAAAAUUAUGAGUUCCUGGAAUGGAAUAUCACUGCAGGCAUCCCAAACAAUUCUGUUCUCCUCUGUGGGCACGUGCAUCUUACCCAGUAUAAGGUUGAUAUCGGUGCUAUGUGUGUGGUUCAUAAUUCGAUAGAUGUUUCGAAUUUAAAGACGACCGUUCUAUUGUUUCACUGACUUGUGUUAUGUCAAAAGAUCCUGCUGUUGCAAAUAUUUUCUGCUAGAUUAAAGUACCCUUCUGUUGGUGGGAUUUCCUAGUUUCCUGCCUCCAGAGUAUCUAAUUCUUUGAUGACCUGGUGGUCUCCUUGUCAGUGCAUCAGUAGUGCUUCUCUAACAGUGUCAUGGUCUUGGGAAACCUGACUAGUAGGAUGCCCCUACUGUGUCCAUUUUGUCCCAAGCUACAGAUUAUAGUGGAAGAUGGGAGAGCAUUAGAGUUGAAAUAUGUUGUUCAUGGCUAAUAAAAUAAACAAAACCUUUGGCAAGCUUAGGCAGAAAGGAGUAAGUGACAUUCAGAAAGAGACACACGCGGACACAGAGUUGGCCUUUUUAUAGGCAAAGAGACUAACUGAGGCAGAAUUGCAACAUGGCAGGAUCACUAAAACAGAAACAAAUGAUGCCUUUAAGUGGAGAGGUGUUGAAGGAUUGCACCGUAGACCAUCCAAAUUCAUUGAAGUACAAAAUGGUAGCUGGAAAAAACCAUUUGAGCACUAGUCUUUCUGAAAUUUGGUUGUUUGUAUCAAAUGAGAAUUACAAUCAUGUUUUCUGCAGAAAAAAAAAUUAAAAGAUCAUAAUAAAACUUACUCUUUGGCCUGCCAGGGGAGGUUUCAGAAACCUACCUCGUCUUAAAAAUUUUUAAACUUUGGAGUCUGUACAGGUGCCUUAUAUGUAGGUCAUUGUCACCACAUGAACAGGAGUGCUCACCCCUGGACUCACUGCCUUCUGUCCAGGGCAGUUAACUAGUAAAUAAGUCAGUUCUGCUAAAUGGCGUGGGAAGCUGUGGCCCAAUUUGGAAAUACUUGGAUCAUCUGGGGUCAGAUGAGUUCUGCAGACUGCAGCUAUUAAAAGAGUCCUGUUGUCAUUUUUCACCUUUUCAUCAUAAGCAUCUCUCAGAGAUUAAUUACUUGGCCAUUAAAAAUGAAUCCAAGUCAUAUUAUGCCAACAUCAUUUAGACGUGAUUUGGUAUGAGCGGCCUAGGACUUCCUGACAAGGUCACAGCAUCCUUUCUUUUGACUAGACUUGCAAAGAAAGGCUUAAUUUGGUCAGCUUAUCCUACUUGGGCUAGAUUGAGGACAUAUGUAGGGAGUGGGAGGGCUCCAAGUGAUCACUUCCUCUUCUGGGGAGAGUGGCCACCUUUGGACCAUUCAGAACCCACAGUGGGCAAGAUCAUGAUAGGCCUUUUAUCUUCAAGUAUAACAGGGCCUCUGUCAAACCGUCCCUUGACCUUGAAGCAGAAGGACCACUGGUUUGAAGAGCACUCAGACGGAAUUCUGGCAUUGGGUGGAGAGGAAGCUGUAGCCCAGAGGUUCCUUCCAACUCACUGGUUUUGUGAGGGAAUUGACAAUAGUUCUAAAUGUACGUUUAAAAGAUCUUGGGUCUGUUUUCAGAAAAGUCAAGAAGAAUUUUAAGUAGAGUCCCUCCCACCCCCUUCUACUAUAAAGUGAAACAAAAGACAUUCUGUAAAGUGCAAAGUAGUUUAUCUACUUCCCCCCUAAUGUUCCUUUUAGGAAAACUCAAAACUUUAUCUGAGUUAAUCAGAGCAAUCCCAGAAGAUGGUGGACACCUUCUGCUCUCAGUCUGCCAGCUUCCUGCCGAGGGCUCCUAGCCCCCCACUGGAGAGGCCAAGAACGCCUCUAGGUUUUCUCUACAAUUAAUAAUGUCAUUUUAAAAAAAAAAAAAACAAGCAAAGCCAUGUCCUCAAAUUUGAUCCAUUGGUUUGGCAACCAAUGUCAGUACAUGUUACAGAGGGCCAAGUGUAUGUAGAAGAACGUGUGUGUGUGUGUGUGAGUAGUUAAGACAUAAAAUCUUUCAUUUUGGAGCACCUUCCCAAACAUGACAGUAAUCCACCAUUAUCCUUUUUGGCAACACCACAAAGAUCGCAUCUGUUAAACAGGUACAAGUUCACUUGAGGUCAGUUUAAUUGUACACCAUGGCAUUGGUGGUGUUUAUGCUGUUAAGUCCAAACCUUUAUCUGUGUGUUAUUCUUAAUGUUUAAUAAACUUUGAAUUAUUUCCCGU